AUGUCACAGGACCUUGGAUGUCACGGGACCUUGGAUGUCACGGGACCUUGGAUGUCACGGGAUCUUGGAUGUCACGGGAUCUUGGAUGUCACGAGACCUUGGAUGUCACGGGACCUUGGAUGUCACAGGACCUUGGAUGUCACAGGACCAUGGAUGUCACAGGACCUUGGAUGUCACAGGACCUUGGAUGUCACAGGACCUUGGAUGUCACAGGACCUUGGAUGUCACAGGACCAUGGAUGUCACAGGACCUUGGAUGUCACAGGACCUUGGAUGUCACAGGACCUUGGAUGUCACAGGACCUUGGAUGUCACAGGACCUUGGAUGUCACAGGACCAUGGAUGUCACAGGACCUUGGAUGUCACAGGACCUUGGAUGUCACAGGACCUUGGAUGUCACAGGACCUUGGAUGUCACAGGACCUUGGAUGUCACAGGACCAUGGAUGUCACAGGACCUUGGAUGUCACAGGACCUUGGAUGUUACAGGACCUUGGAUGUUACAGGACCUUGGAUGUUACAGGACCUUGGAUGUCACAGGACCAUGGAUGUCACAGGACCUUGGAUGUCACAGGACCUUGGAUGUUACAGGACCUUGGAUGUUACAGGACCUUGGAUGUUACAGGACCUUGGAAGUCACAGUACCUUGGAUGUCACAGGACCAUGGAUGUCACAGGACCAUGGAUGUCACAGGACCAUGGAUGUCACAGGACCUUGGAUGUCACAGGACCAUGGAUGUCACAGGACCUUGGAUGUCACAGGACCUUGGAUGUCACAGGACCUUGGAUGUUACAGGACCUUGGAUGUUACAGGACCAUGGAUGUCACAGGACCUUGGAUGUUACAGGACCAUGGGUGUCACAGGACCUUGGAUGUCACAGGACCUUGGAUGUCACAGGACCUUGGAUGUCACAGGACCUAGGACGUCACAGGACCUAGGACGUCACAGGACCUAG